AUGGGACCAGGCAAUGAUACCCGAGUUUCAGAAUUUCUUCUUCUGGGAUUAUCAAAGGAACCAGAAUUACAGCCCCUCAUAUUUGGACUUUUCCUCUCCAUGUACCUGAUCACUGUGUUUGGAAAUCUGUUCAUCAUCCUGGCAGUCAGCUCAGACUCCCACCUGCACACACCCAUGUACUUCUUCCUCUCCAUCCUGGCCUUUGUAGACAUCUGUUUCACCUCCACCACCAUCCCAAAGAUGCUGCAGAACAUCCAGACACACAGCAAAGUCAUAACCUAUGAAGGCUGCAUCAUCCAGAUGUAUUUUUCCACACUCUUUGGAGGCUGGGACAACUUUCUUCUGGCUGUGAUGGCCUAUGACCGUUUCUUGGCCAUAUGUCACCCCCUGCACUACAAUGGCAUUAUGAACCCCUGGCUCUGUGGACUGCUGGUUCUGGUGUCCUGGAUCUUGAGUGUCCUAAAUGCCUUGUCACAAAGCUUCAUGGUGUUGCAACUGUCCUUCUGUACAGACUUGGAAAUCCCCCACUUUUUCUGUGAACUCAAUCAGAUGGUGAAACUUGCCUGUUCUGAUACUUUUCUGAGUGACACCGUGUUGUAUUUUUCAGCUGGGCUGCUGGCUGGUGGUUCCCUGUCUGGUAUCCUUUACUCUUACUCUAAGAUACUUUCUUCUAUAUGUAGAAUCUCAUCAGCUCAGGGGAAGUGUAAAGCAUUUUCCACCUGUGCAUCUCACCUCUCAGUUGUCUCCUUGUUUUAUUGUUCGGUCCUAGGUGUGUACCUUAGCUCUGCCGCUAACCACUGCUCACACUCAAGUCCCAUUGCCUCUGUGAUGUACACUGUGGUCACACCCAUGCUGAACCCAUUCAUCUAUAGUCUAAGGAAUAAAGACAUAAAAGGGGCUCUGAAGAGUUUCUAUGGGAUGGCAGCAGGUAUAUGA